GUCCGUCCGUCGCCGCAGACCGACCCGCGGCGCCUGCCCGCCCGCUCGUCCGUCCGCCGGUCAGCGCGGCCGGCUCCGCCGGGCCGCUCCCAGCGUGCACCGCGCCGGGCGCCCGGGUGGGAGCGGGCGGGAUGCGCGGGCCGGGCGGCGCCCACUGACCUCCCGGGGCGGCCGGCCUGGGCAGGGCCGGAGCCUCGCAGCCCCGCCCAUGGGCCGCCCGCCCGGAGCACCGCGCCCAGGGGGGAGCCGCCCGGAGGUCCGCGCCCGCAGGUCGUCUGCAUGUCAGCAUGGCGGCCACAAACUUGGAGAACCAGCUGCAGAGCGCCCAGAAGAACCUGCUGUUCCUCCAGCGGGAGCACGCCAGCACACUCAAGGGGCUGCAUGCCGAGAUCCGCCGGCUGCAGCAGCACUGCACAGAUCUAACAUAUGAACUAACGCUCAAAGGUUUGGAACACACAGGAGACGGGCGUUCGCGGAGCAGUGAGCUCAGGCAGAGAUGUGAGGAGCUGGAGGCGCAGCUGCAGGUCAAGGAGAAGGAGAACGACGAGCUGCUGCAGGAGCUGGAGCAGAAGAACGCCAUGAUCCUGGUGCUGGAGAACACCAUCAAGGAGCGCGAGAAGAAGUACCUGGAGGAGCUGAAGGUGAAGAGCCACAAGCUGACCCUGCUGAGCGGCGAGCUGGAGCAGCGCGCCGGCACCAUCGCCUACCUGACGGCCCAGCUGCACGCGGCGCGGAGGAAGCUGCUCAGCUCCAGCGGCACCUCCGACGGCAGCCCGUCGGGCAGCCCCGUGCUCGCCAGCUACAAGCCGGCGCCCCCCAAGGACAAGCUGCCCGAGACGCCCCGCCGCCGCAUGAAGAAGAGCCUCUCGGCCCCGCUGCACCCCGAGUUCGAGGAGGUCUACAGGUUCGGGGCCGAGAGCCGCAAGCUGCUGCUGCGGGAGCCGGUGGACGCCAUGCCCGACCCCACGCCGUUCCUGCUGGCGCGCGAGGCGGCCGAGGUGCACGUCAUCAAGGAGCGCCCGCUCGUCAUCCCGCCCAUCGCCUCGGACCGCGGCGCCAGCGAGCCGCAGCCGCACCCGCACGUGGGCGUGGCGCACCGCAUCCCGCACGCCGCGCAGGGCCCCGCGGGGGUGGAGACGCUGGCCGUGGACCAGGUGAACGCGGGCAAGGUGGUGCGGAAGCACUCAGGGACCGACAGAACUGUGUGAGCCCGGCCGCCGGCCGCGCACUGUGAGCACCCGGAAGAACUCAACCGCCCCUCCGUCCGUCCGUCCGCCCAUCCGUCCUGUUCUCCAGCCCCCUGCAUGCCAGAGCUUUCUUUUCGCACCAGACGACUCUCCUCCCGCCCUCUGACACCGAAACACGACCGUGCCCCGCUGCAGAAGACGUAUUUAUGAGGCUGUGGCCAAACCCCGCGGGCCCCGCCUGCCCCGCCCCGGCCAAGCCCGCACCGCGCCCCCGCUGCUCCCGCACAGGCGGCCUCCGCCUCGCCCGCGGGCUGGGGCCCUGCCGGCGCCCCGCGCCGCCCGCCCGGGCGCCCCCAGCCCAGCAGCUGUAUGUCAGACACUAAAUAAGACGGCGGCUCGCCUCACGUCGCCACAACCCGAAUGUGUGUUCAUAGCUUCUUUCGUUAUUAGUCUUACCCAAAAUGUUCAAGCUCCCAACAAACUUUAUUUUCUAAACUGC